AGUCGAGUCGCGGGCGCGAGCUCAGACGGAGACGCGGCGACGGACGCACCGACACCGACGAUGCGCUGCGACUCCGCCGCUGACUGACGGAGACGAGUCCGCGUGUGGCGCCUCGUGCUGCGGGUCACUAGUUCCUCCAGCGACGCGCCGGGGCCGGCGGACAUCUUGCAGCGCGGUGCCUCCGGGGAGAAACAACAUGUCGUCCGCGGCGUCGCGCCGCCAGUCGUGCUACCUGUGCGACCUGCCCCGCAUGCCCUGGGCCAUGAUCUGGGACUUCAGCGAGGCGCUGUGUCGCGGCUGCGUCAACUACGAGGGCGCGGACCGGAUCGAGUUCGUCAUCGACACCGCGCGGCAGCUGAAGCGGGCGCACGGCUUCCAGGAGGGCCGCUCCCCGGGGCCGGGGAAGCCGCAGCACGCCGCCAAGGAGGCGAACCACUCGGCCGCAGACGCGGGCUCGCGUCCGCCGCAGCCGCUGGACCGAUACCCGCUGUCGGACCGGCCGCCGCGGCUCGGACCGGAGUACCAGGCGGGCCGGCCGGCCAACGGCUUCCCGAAGCCCGACGAGCCGCCGGAGCUCAACCGACAGAGCCCGAACCCGCGCAGGUCGAGCGCGGCUCCUCCGAACCUGGUGCCGCUGCUGAACGGCGGCAUCCAGCCCGCGCACCCGCUCAACGGCCGCCCGCUGCAGGGGGCCCUGCCCGGGGCCCUGCAGGGGGCCCUGUCCGGGGCCCUGGUGGCCCCUGGGGACCACGGCAGGCGCGCGGACGAGCUGAAGGACAAGCACCGGGCGGACGGUGCGUCGGAGCCGGACGCACACAAGGACGCGUGGAUGGGCAAAGGGAAAACCGUGCGCGACCUGAUGGCGCUGCACACGUUCGACGGCCGCUUCAAGAAGGAGCACGCGGCCAUGCAGCGGGUGAUGGGCUACGACCCCGGGGCCACGUCCUCCAAGACCGGUAGGAGCGCGUGUGGAGUACUGUCAACAGGAAACAGGGGGAAGCACCCGCGGAGCAUGAAGAGGAAGAACUCCCCCGAGCCGGACGGCGAAGGCAGCGCACCCAAGAUGAACGGCGUGGAGGGGCCGCCGUGGCUCCCCUCGCCCUCGGAGGUCCUGAAGAUGCCCCCGACCGCCCUGCCGGGCUUCUCGUCCGCCCCGCCCUCCACCAUGUCCCCCCACGCCCGCACCACGCCUCCCGAGGCCGCCACGGCCCAGAAUGGCCAGUCCCCCAUGGCGGCGCUCAUCCUAGCCACAGACAACGCGGGGGGCACCGGCUCGCCAAAGGACGCCAACCAGGUACACUCCACCACGGCGGGUGUGCGGCGGAACAGCGGCAGCCCCCUGUCGCCGUCCUCCGCCGCCUCCCAGAGGAGGCUGGCCCAGAGAGAGGGGCCCCCGAGCGCCAACCCCUCAGCUGCACACAUGGACCCCCACGCGCCGCCGCAGAGCAUUCCAGACUCGUCGGUGGCGCCGGGCAGCGUGCCGCUGUGCUGCACCCUGUGCCACGAGCGGCUGGAGGACACGCACUUCGUCCAGUGCCCGUCGGUGCCGUCGCACAAGUUCUGCUUCCCCUGCUCCCGGGAGAGCAUCAAGCAGCAGGGCGCCACCGGCGAGGUGUACUGCCCGAGCGGCGAGCGGUGCCCGCUGGUCGGCUCCAACGUGCCCUGGGCCUUCAUGCAGGGGGAGAUCGCCACCAUCUUGGCCGGAGACAUAAAGAUUGAGGAAUGUUCUCUCUCCGCCGCUCGUCGUGUCGCAGCUUCUGGAGGCGGUCGGACGUAGAAUGUGACUCAAAUCUGAGCACUUGGCAGAAAAUUAAUCCAAAACAACAACAAAAAGAAUAAAUGCUUCUAGCUGUACAUGUAUGCACUUGUUUAAAAAAAAAAUUGCCAAAUACAGUUUCAGACGUUGUAAUAA